GUGGGCCCACGUGCCAGGCGCAGUUGCGGGGCCCCCUGAGUAUCACCAUCGCUGGGAGGUCGGGUGCCGACGCUCCGAGGGCUGGGCGACUGAUCUGGGCGCCCCCCAGAUCGGCGCGGCGGAUUCCGUGGUGUACGAGGAGGACAAGUGGCCCAGCCCGCUGUGGUCUUCGGUGCUGCGCGCGGGCCGCCGCUGCCCGGCGUCCCGCAGGCUGCAGAUCGACCGUUGCCGCGACGACCUCGAGCGGCUCGAGGGGACGGCCAAGCUCGACGCGACCUGCGUGAAGUUGGCGGGGAACUGGACGUCGUCAGACACCACCGCUGCCGGGGCGAGGGCUCCAAUCCUGGGCGACGUGUUCGACCCCUUCCUGGCGAUGGCGGCCGUGAUGGCGCCAAAGCCCGGACGCGGGCCCAGCCCCCCGUCCGUUGGGGCCCCAGGUGUCGUGGGCGCGCCGCUGCCCAUCGCGGACGUGCCGGGCCCCCCCGGCGGUGGCGGGGCCUGCACCAGCUGGUGGAGUUGGAGGGCAGCCGAGGGCCUCCCCGGCCUGGUGGCCAGCGACGGCGCCCUGGACGUCGUGAUCUUUGGAGUCCCCACCCUCGCUGGAGGCUCGUGGUGGCGGCCCGGGGCGACGCUGGCGAGCGGCUACUCGGUCUUCGCGGCGCUCGUGGCCGACAGCGAGUGCGUGACCUACCAGCUGAAGGGCGCUGUCGUCGGCGCGUGGGAGCGCAAGACGCUCUGCGUGAUCGUCGAGAUUCGGGGUUCGAUGGGCCAGAUGGACGCGUGCACCCUCGCGGGCGAUGAGAUCGUCUAUCGGAGGCUCCUGCCCAUCGGGUACUACUGGUGCGAUUGCCGACAGGGGCAGCUGCAGACCUGCGCCAAGUUGCCCUUGGAUGAG